AUGUCGUACUAUCCGACUUUAAUUAAAAUAUUAAACUUGGUCGCAUAUCUUUUCCUAGCGGUUUUUGUUACCGAACCAGAAUUUCGAUUUGAAAAUCAUGAUAUUAUUAUACUCCCAUAUUCUUAUGUCUUUUAUAUUUGGAAUUUAAUUCAUUGGUUAUUAAGUAUAUUCCUUGUCUACCAAUUUAUUGAUACUGCCAACGACAUAAUUGUUAAGGGAAUUAGUUGGCGAUUUGUUUGUGUUGCAAUAUUAAAUGUCAUAUGGUUAAUGCUUGUGGUCACCGAACGAUUGGGGUUAGCAUUGAUUACGAUUCUAAUUGUAGCAUAUCAACUUAGUUUUAUUUAUCAUAACUUAAAAGUUAAUUAUCCUCCUCAAAAUCGUUUUGAUGCGGUAUUCAUUCAUCUACCAUUUAAUCUUUAUCAACCUUGGAUUUUAAUAAUUGUAAUAAUAAAUACAUUUGCCGCAUUUCUUCCUGAUAAACCUGAUAAAGGAGAUGAAAAUCAAGAUAUUGAAACUUAUAUUAUAGUUUUGGGAGUAAUCAGUUUAAUAAUUUUAAAUGUGAUAACAAUAUUUUAUCAAAGAAUUUAUCAAGAUUUAAUUGCCGCCAGUGUUAUAACGAUAGUUUUGUAUGGAAUUGCUAUUCAACAAAGUGAGGUGGAAAUUAUUUAUUGGUCCUCCAUAAUUCUGGCGAUAAUGAAUACUAUUGGUAUUUUUUCAACUUAUUUAAGAAAACGGAUGCGUCAAAGAAUGGAAGAAGGUGCUCCUUUAUUAGGAUAA